AUAUUUCAAUCUUCCAAACAGACCCGACCACGGCAACACGCGUGCACGCCAUUUUGUCUGUUUUCUUACGUUUCGUAAAAUUUCUUUCAUAUUUCCCUUUUUCUUUUCAUCUUCCUCUGGGUUUUCACUUUUCAUGGUCUCUCGCACCAAUGCCCCCUAAACUCACCCACAGAUCGCACGGUCGAAUUACGAUCCCAAUCAGUCAUGGUGAGAGACCACAAAGACUCAGACAUCACGCAGCCAAGCCUUCUCUCUCGCCCUGGUCUGGUUGUGGGCAACUUCUGCCACGACGUUCUCAUCCGGGACGGCGUCGUCGUAGGCGAGACCCUCGGCGGGGCCGCUUCCUUCAUCUCCGCCGUGCUCGACGGGUUAUCGGUCCCGUACUCUCUGGUCUCCAAGGUUGGGCCGGACUUUGCCUACAUGAUCGAUCGUAGCCCGGUUGUCAUACCCACCUCUAGAACUACUCUCUUCCACGCGCAUUUCGACUCGGAGGCCGACGGGAACGGGCACGGGGACCGGGUCUUGAAACGGGUCUCCGCAUGUGACCCAAUUCAACCGUCGGAUCUCCCUCGAACGAGUUUUGAUUUUGGGAUGGCGGUCGGUGUCGGCGGCGAGGUAUCGCCCGAGACGCUGGAGCAAAUGCUUGAGAUGUGUAGUGUGGUGUUCGUGGAUAUCCAGGCGCUGAUUCGCGACUUCGACGGCGUCGAUGGGACCAUGAGGCUCUUGGAGUUGAGGGAGAGCGGAUUCUUUCGCCUCUUGCCGCGUAUUGGGUUCCUGAAGGCCUCAGAGGACGAGGCCAUAUUCAUGGACUUGGAAGAGGUGAGGAAGUGGUGCUGUGUGGUGUUGACGCAUGGGAAGGACGGGUGCACAGUGUAUUGGAAGGACGGGGAAUUGGAAAUCGCCCCGUUCGCCGCGAACCAGGUCGAUCCGACGGGAGCUGGGGAUAGUUUUUUAGGUGGGUUUGCAGCAGGGCUGAUUCAUGGACUGGCUGUGCCUGAUGCUGCAUUGGUGGGGAACUUGUUUGGGUCGCUGACUGUGGGCCAAAUUGGAUUUCCCAUGUUUGAUUCGAGGUUGUUGCAGAGAGUUAAGGAUGAAGUGCAGAGGAGGAAGAUGCAGUGCUUCAGCGGCAACGAAAGAUACGAUGAUGAGCGGAUGUUCUCGAAGCCAGCAGGGCAUGAACAGUUCCACGCAUCCCUUGGUUCAGCCAAAUUAAUACCCACAUGCAUGGUUGAGGAAUGUCAAUGGGAUCUUCCAAGCUCUGCUUCCAGAGAAGUAGAACAGGCUAUUCUUAACUCUAUUCAUGAGGAAAACAUUAAUUGCGUUGACGGUAAACCAUGACACGGAGAUCGGAGAGCCAAAGGGUACAAGGACAUAUCUCUUUUCUGUAUCAGAUACUUGAGCUACCAUAGAGAUUUGUUUAUGCACAGUGCUCUUGUUGGUUGUUCAAUCAGAAAUUUUGAAAUCCCUAAUGACAACUUGAAGCUGUAAAUAAGUAAAUGCCUUUCAAGCAA